GGUGGUCCAUUCUACGACCUGUUGCACAACCUGCUGGGAGCCUAUGCAUGCUACAGACCAGACGUGGGAUAUGUCCAGGGAAUGUCUUUCAUCGCAGCAAUUUUACUUCUCAAUAUGGAUGUAGCAGACGCAUUUGUUUGCUUUGCCAACUUGCUCAACCGUCCAUGUCAGUUAGCAUUUUUCCGCAUGGAUGAGAAUCUGAUGACGGCUUACUAUCGAACAUUUGAAGAGUUUUUGAAAGAUUGUCUGCCCAAGCUGCACAUGCACUUCAGCUCGCUGUCUGUAACAGCAAACCUCUACCUCAUGGAGUGGGUGUUCCUGAUCUACAGCAAGUCCCUGCCGCUAGAUGUUGCCUGCAGGGUAUGGGAUGUCUACUUCAGGGACGGGGAGGAGUUUUUGUUCCGCACAGCUCUUGCCAUUCUCAAGAUACAUGAGAGCAUCCUGCUGAAGAUGGAUUUCAUCCAUGCAGCACAGUUCCUGACCAAGCUGCCUGAGGAGGUCAGUGCUGACCAGCUGUUCAAGGAAAUAGAGACCAUCAAGAUGAACAUUGACAAACGUGGCUUUCACACAGUACACAGCUCCUUCAAGGAUGUGCCAUCAGGCAACUCUUAG